UGCGCCUUCGGUGCUUCCAUCGCUAUCGAGUAGUUGCAUAAGGAGGCAAAAUGGCGACUGGACUACUGAAAAGGCUAUGUAGGUCGUUUGCGCCCGAAAUAGCGAUCCUUAGAUCAAGGAGCAUCCACUCUACACAAGUUGCAUGCUCUGACAAAUUGUUUGUGCAUAGAGAUUCACCUGAUAAUAACAAAGAUGUCACAUUUGACUUCACUGACGAAAACAAAAAGCGUGCAAAAACGAUAAUCAGUAUUUACCCAGAAGGCCAUCAGGCAGCCGCUGUCAUUCCACUUCUUGAUUUGGCUCAAAGACAGCUUGGAUGGGUUCCAAUAUCUGCAAUGAACCGGGUUGCGGAGAUGCUUCAUAUGCCAAGAAUGCGCGUUUAUGAAGUUGCUACGUUUUACACCAUGUUCAACAGAGAACCAGUAGGGAAGUAUCACAUUCAGGUCUGCACAACAACACCUUGUAUGCUAAGAAAUGCUGAGUCCAUGGUUGACGUCAUCACUCGAAAGCUUGGUAUCAAGGAAGGUGAAACAACUAAGGAUAAGCUUUUUACGUUGACUAUUGUGGAAUGCCUUGGUGCCUGUGUGAAUGCUCCAAUGAUACAAAUAAAUGAUGAUUAUUAUGAGGAUUUAUCUGAAAAAGAUGUAGAAGAAAUUUUAGACGCUUUGGCGGCUGGUAAGAAGCCAAAGGCUGGACCAAGAAGCGAAAGAUUCUCGUGUGAACCAUUUACUGGAUUGACAACACUGACGACGCCCCCAAAGGGACCCGGCUUUGGAGUUAGAGACGAUCUGUAGCAAAUGUAUUUUAAAAUUCUUUCAAUCCUUACAAAGCCUGCUCAGCGAAUUCCUUAGCUGAGUCACUGAAUCCCCCUUGAUGUGUUUUAUGUUGAAAUGUAUUGUAUUCCAUAUUGUUUGA